UAAAAGCCUUAAUUAGCUCGAAACGUUACAUGUAAAACUAGGGAAGAAUUCUCUGACCCAUCCUGAAGAAAAGUGAAAAACGUUCGUAUUUCGUGGUAAUAGGAAAGUUCUUAAAUUUAAUAGAUGGAGUGAAAACGGACAGGCAGCUGAUUUGUUAUAUUACACAAAGUGUGAAGACCUUGGCGUAUAUCAAUGUUCUAGGUCAUAUGUCUUCGUGUUCGGAUGAUUUCGUUGAUGCUGAUGACUGUUCGCCCAGAUCUUUUUCUCCAAAAGCUGGAGAAACUAAGGGUUUCGGGGACUCCUCGGGAAACGACGAACCAGAAGUAAAGGCAGAAGAGGAAAGAAAAGCAGACGAAAAUUUAUUAACUGACCUUGAAAUUGAGACCCGACGUGAUGACGCAGUGAAAAUGAAAGAUGAUGGAAACAUCCUUUUCAAAUCUGGCUUAUUCAAUGAGGCUUUGUUGAAGUAUACAGAAGCUUUGGACCUUUGUCCCUUAAAAUAUUGUAUCGAGCGUUCAAUCAUAUAUGCUAACAGAGCUGCGUGUCAUAUAAAACUAGAUUCUCCAGAGGCUGCACUUCUGGAUUGCAAUGAAUCCCUGAAUUUGCAACCGGAUUAUGUUAAGUGCUUGGAGCGGCGCGCUACUCUGUUGGAAAGCAAGGAUAGAUUAACCGAUGCAUUGGAAGAUUAUGAAAAGCUUUUACGGCUAGAUCCCAACAAUCAACGGGCUCGUUAUGCAUGCGCUACUUUCCCGGAGCGCAUUCAAAUUCAGAAUGAGAAAAUGAAGGAAGAAAUGUUAGGGCAAUUAAAGCAGUUGGGUAAUCUUCUAUUAAAACCUUUUGGUUUAUCAACAAAUAACUUCAAAGUACAAAAGAAUCCUGAUUCUGAAGGUUAUUCCAUAAAUUUUAUUCAAAAUGCUUCUACCUCAUCUCAGUGAUGACUUGUGAAUGUGUGCGUUUAUUAAUAUUAUUGUAUCUUCAUACGUUACCAAUUUGCCGAUAACUGUGACGUCUUUUUUGUAUUUAUUACCUGCCUAUUGACUUAUAUGAAAUGAACCUUCCAAGUGUGUUAACCCAAAUGCGGUUUGGUACUUUAUUAUUUACCAAAAAGAUUCGAAAUACAUAUUUACAUGAC